AUGAUGGCUUCUCCGAACCCUCAUCUAGCACCCUAUCGCAUCAGCACCCUACCACCGGAUUUCUAUUACCUACCCAAUUUCCUCACCCCUGCCGAGGAAGUCUCCAUACUUCAAAAGAUUCCCACACAGCGCUGGACCCAACUGAGCCAUCGCCGUUUACAAGCUCAUCCCUCCACUCUGACCAAGAAUAAUACUCUGCUCGCUGCUCCACUUCCUGCGUGGCUGACGACACCUGUGAUGGAGAGAAUGAGAGGGUAUGGUAUCUUUGAGAACACACCGCAUCACGUGCCAAAUCAUGUGUUGAUCAAUGAGUAUAGACCCGGCGAGGGAAUCAUGCCGCAUGAAGACGGGUUGGCGUAUGCCCCGGUUGUCGCUACUGUGAGCCUGGGAGGAUCGUUGUGUCUAGACAUUGUUCAUAAACCCACAUACUCUGGGAAGGACGAGGAUGGUAGCAUGGAGGAUGCAACAACAGAGAAGGGUAUGAGUGAUGAAGAUACAAAGAAAAAAUAUCCCAUUCCGACAAGAAUUCUUCAGGAACCCCGAUCCCUACUCAUCACCACCGGAGCCGCGUACAAAGAGUACAUGCAUGGCAUCGCAUCGAUAGAAAUCGACGAGGAUCUACGCUCGGAGACGAUAGCCAACUGGGGGUUGUUGGGUGAUGCCAAGGCAUUUGAAGAGCAAGGCGGUCGGAACUACAGGCAGACAAGAACAAGUUUGACGUACAGGGAUGUGUUGAAAGUUAGUAGUGCGGCGAGUAGAGUCCUCGGUGGUCUUGGACGACGAUGA